AUGGAUAUUCUGGAUAGAAUAUUUUCCUUUCGCAGAGCCUCUAAACGCCAGUUUAUCAAGUCAAGAUUUGAACUCCUCCCAACUGAAAUCCUCCAACUCAUCGCCCGAGAAUAUCUCACUCCAGUCGACCACGCCUGCCUGACCCUCUGCAGCCAUGCUCUCCUCCACACCCUCGGCUCUUCAUCCUGGCCAACAGCACAAGAUAAGCAGCUGAAAAAAGCCUUCUUAACAAGACUGUCCCAAGACCUCAUCCAGUCCUUCCUCUGCCAGUACUGCAUGAAACUCCAUCCAUCGGCAACCGUCUAUCCCCCCGGCCCAGGAUUCUACACCACCAAAAAGCGGCUUCGUUCGUGUCCUGAACAACUCGGUUCAUGCACCCCAUACAAGAUUCUUAGUCUUUCUCGAUAUUUUCUAGUUCCUUCUGGGGGUUCAACGUAUGAUUUCCGGUUCUGUCACGCGGCGCUUGUUAUGAAGCGGUACUGUCACGGAGCUCCGCAUGGGAUGGCUGUAGAGUCAUUAUCUUUUACGGAGGUUGAUUCUUCGAGGCCUCCUAUCACGACUUUGGUAUCUGCCGAGGGAAAGGUUUGUAUUGAAGAGAGUGGCAGUCCGACUCUUGUCUUGCGGAUCCAGAACUGGACUUUGGUUCAUGGGUCGGAUCAGGACAUUGGACAGGCUCUUGAGACUGGUAAACAUAUGUGGAUAUGCCAUCACAUCACUUUCCUGCAUACUAAAAUGCAGGAUUACUCGAAAGCUUCAGCACGGAAGCGCGCCUGCCACGAGGCUCUCGAUGAUCUCCGCUGCCGAUACUGCAAGAUUGACUUUCAAGUGGAUAUCCGGAACUGUGCCGAUGAAGGCACAGCGGUGGUAGUCACUGGAUGGCUGGACGUCGGUGCAGGAAUCGACAUGGACGAUGCCAAGUGGCAGGACAUGGUCCGUUUCUAUCCGCCUGUUCCUGUGGGUGUUGGUGCUGUCCCGGGGUCAGGGGCUGUUCGUAAACUGUUCCAGAAGACUGAAGCAACGCCGUCUUCUGUCACAGAGAGAAAUCAGUCGUUGCUGAUUGGGAAACGGUAUCGGUCCGUUAUGAGUCCAUUGCGAGGGUGGAGUCAUCGGUGGGUGAUUCCAGCUGAUAAACCCUCUCUUUGGCCUUGGUAG